AUGCUCAAACACACCAGUCAACUCAUAGUUAGUUACCCAGAGGCUGACAGUAUUAGUAACUUGCGGCCGGCCUACAAGGCAAAGAAUCUCCUCAAGCUGUUUUUGGGAGUGGGUAUCAUCUGCACGUACAUCCUUCUUACCGCAAUCAGCCUGGUCCUCUGGACUAUCAAUCUAGUCCUCCUUGGCACCCAUGCUAUUCCCACCAAUGGCACCAUCUAUGGCAGGGCUGGGACAGCAAUGAUCACAAUGAUUAGCAAGAAUUAUGGGAUCCCCAUUGCCUGA